AUGGUACUGAAAGGUUAUCAUAUUUAUAUGGUUUAUAUUGUUCUUCAAGGUUCAUAUGAGGAGCUGUCUGUGAUUCAGAGCCCAUCGAGCAUCACUGUGAAUGAAGGAGAAUCUGAUCAAAUCAGCUGCUGCUGGAGUAAAACAAAAGAAGAAAACAGUGAUUUUAAAGUAGCUUGGUAUAAGGAUAAGAAAAGAAUACCAGUAGAAAAGCGGCUAUAUCAAACGUCCCCAAUGAAAAACUGCUCCUUUCUGAAAAUCACAAAUAUAGUUAAAAAUGACACUGGAGAUUAUGUUUGUAAAGUGAUUCAGGACAUACCAGUUCUGCUAGAAUAUGAGGGACAAAAAACUUACCUGUAUAUCAUUCAGAUUCAGACAACAACUGAAGAUAUUGUUCAUAUGGUUUCCAGCCCCACAACCAAAAAGCCAGGUGUAGUUGAUCAUCCGAAGAGAAAUCCAGAAGAUAAAAACUAUAAUUAUUUGGAUCCUAAGGGUAGUUCGCGGGAGGUUGUGAUCAUUUAUAUUUUCAGAAGUCUGCCCUUCAUCUGUCUGUUGGCGGCGUUCUUUUACCUAAACAGGAACAACAAACUAGUCUCAUCAUCAAGACCAGCAGUUGAGCAUGCUGUAAAGUUGGGAGAAGGACCAGAUGAAGACCUGGAGGUUGGAGAGACACAGAGGAAUGAAACUGAAGAGGUGAAACAGGGUGAGAAUAUUUCAGAACAGGAGAAAGGGAGGGUCAACAAUGAGAAACCUGAAGUUACUGUUGCAACAGAAGAAGAAACAGAUGAAGAAAAACCGACUGCUGUAGUUGUGAGCAUUGAACAAGGUGCAUCUCCAGUGCAUGACAACGAAAACAAGACCAUUUCUGUUCUGAACACUGAUGAAAAGACACUUCAAAGUGUUGAAGAAGGGACUGUUUCUGUGCUGGGCGACUUAGUUUCAGCUCUACGCUCAGAAAUGAAGUGUUCCUCCAGACUCCUGUGUGGACUUCUCAUGUCAUGCCUUUGUUUCACAGCAGUUGAGCAUGCUGUAAAGUUGGGAGAAGGACCAGAUGAAGACCUGGAGGUUGGAGAGACACAGAGGAAUGAAACUGAAGAGGUGAAACAGGGUGAGAAUAUUUCAGAACAGGAGAAAGGGAGGGUCAACAAUGAGAAACCUGAAGUUACUGUUGCAACAGAAGAAGAAACAGAUGAAGAAAAACCGACUGCUGUAGUUGUGAGCAUUGAACAAGGUGCAUCUCCAGUGCAUGACAACGAAAACAAGACCAUUUCUGUUCUGAACACUGAUGAAAAGACACUUCAAAGUGUUGAAGAAGGGACUGUUUCUGUGCUGGGCGACUUAGUUUCAGCUCUACGCUCAGAAAUGAAGUGUUCCUCCAGACUCCUGUGUGGACUUCUCAUGUCAUGCCUUUGUUUCACAGGUUCAUAUGAGGAGCUGUCUGUGAUUCAGAGCCCAUCGAGCAUCACUGUGAAUGAAGGAGAAUCUGAUCAAAUCAGCUGCUGCUGGAGUAAAACAAAAGAAGAAAACAGUGAUUUUAAAGUAGCUUGGUAUAAGGAUAAGAAAAGAAUACCAGUAGAAAAGCGGCUAUAUCAAACGUCCCCAAUGAAAAACUGCUCCUUUCUGAAAAUCACAAAUAUAGUUAAAAAUGACACUGGAGAUUAUGUUUGUAAAGUGAUUCAGGACAUACCAGUUCUGCUAGAAUAUGAAGGACAAAAAACUUACCUGAAUGUCUGUAAAGGUGAACACAGCACUGAGGCAACAACUCAAAGCAGUGCUAGUACAUCUACCCAAAAAACUCAAAUCAAUGGGACUACCGGCCCCCCUUCACCUCCCAUCCUACCUCUAUCUCUGGCUGCUGCCAUUGGCCUGCUGACCCUCUGCUUGGCCUUCAGCGUGUGCAAGAUGAGAAACUCCUGCAAAAAAUCAGCUGCCCGCAGGCAGGCUGAGAGAUUUUCAAGGCAUCGGACUCUGGCACUCUGGGGCCGUUUGAUGGAGCGGGCUGAGGCUGCGGUAAAGGGAAAGAUAGAGGGCGGAAGAGAAAGACUUUUGCCGUCCUCUCCGGAGAAAAAAUGGCAGAAAGAGCCUGCUAAUGAAGCGCUGCGUGCCAUGGUGGCUGACGAGUUAAAGCUACAGUUUGGCGUCCUUCGGGAAAUUUUUAAGAAGGAAUUUCAACCGAUCGCCGAAAGAAUUGGAAUUCUGGAGAAAGAGAAAUUAGACUGA